AUGUCCACCUCAACCACCGAGUCCAACCCGCGCUACAAAAUCCUCACCCAACACUGCCGCUUCUGCAACCACCUCUUACUAGCAACAACCCGCAACCUACCGUCCCUCCCCCGCCGAACCGGCGAAUCAAAAGACAAAGCCAUAAUCCUACCCCUAGAACCAAAGACCCAAUCCGAGCCCUCAGACUCCUCAACAAAACACACAACCGUGCUCCUCUCAACAACAGUGCCGGACCGCCGCGCAACGCUAAUACGCCGCGAAGACGGGAUCGAAAAGCGCAUUCUCCUCCGCUGCGGACGGUGCCGUGUUGUUGUGGGCUAUUAUCUUGAUAAAGUGCACUGGGGCGCGGAUAGCAAAGCUAAACCCAAAGCAGAAGGGGACGCGGAGGAGGAAGACGCGGAGGAAGAGAGGCCGCCGGCUGUGUAUCUUCUGCCUGGGUCUGUUGUUGAGACGGAUGAGAUGGGGGAGAAGAGUGCGGGGGUUGGGGAGAUGGAGUGGAGGGUUUGGGGGGAGUAG